AUGAAAGGUAACACUUGUGUCCAUAUACCAGUUCUCAUCCGGUUAAGAUAUUACAAGAGUAUGCAUGACCGCAUUAAUAACACCGACUUGGCAUGGAGGUCUAGGUUGCCACGAGACUGCAAGAUAAGGGCAUGGAGGUUGGCCCCAUCUAGUCCAAGAAUUAAAGAAGGGAUGUUGACAUGGUGGGAAGGCUUGAUACUGCGAGUACUAUGGCAAUUACUAUGGUGCAACAUUUUUUCCAACACAUGCACCCCCACCUCUGCCAUCGCGAGUGUUGUUGUCUUUGUCUCAGUUGGUUUUCUUGCCGCGAUUGGAGCCUCAACAUUGGAUAAUUGGUCAACAAGAGAUUUGAGUCGGUUGCAAUAUGUGAAGGUUGAGAAGAAAUCUGCUAAGUUCGUGUUUGUGAAUUGA